AUGGCCAGUGCCCGGCAGUAUGUGGCUUUUACCGUGCUGAUUACUGUGGUGAUUUUCCUUACGGUUACGUGCCCGAAGACUACAACCAUAGUCGUCCUAAACAGAGACCGCCUGUAUCACCAAGGAGACGUUCUUACCGUGAUGGUGGUGGCAAGAGACAGAGAAGGAAGGCCAAAGACGUACGGGGGAGACUUUCUCCGGGCCAGACUAGUCAGCAGUGACCGUUCGCCGCAGGCCAUUAGCACCGGUAACGUCACUGACCACUGUAACGGUGUCUACACCAUGCAGUUCCCGCUGUACUGGGCAGGGGGCGUUUUGAUAAAGAUUCAGCUUGUCCACCCAAGCGAGGCAGUGAAGGUCUUACAGAGAGUGCGGGAAGUUCCGAACAAGAGAAUAUUCUCCUGUAGUUUCGUCGACGAGAAAAAGAACGCCACCAACACAACACAGUGUUUCAGCUCUGCCGACACCAGCCUACUGCCCCACCAACAGUGCGACUUCUCAAAGUCAGACGUGAACGGGACCUGGAUUUGUGAGAAACCGGACAACAUUCCGUGUUCCGCCAUAUCAAGGUGCAGAUGGGACUCGGGAAAGAGUAGGGCAAAGAUACUGGAAGUAUUGUCUGAAGAGGAAAAGAAACUUUUUCAAAAGCCAUAUCUUGAGGAGGAACUUGAAGUAGACCCGAAGGAGCCCAUACACGUUCUUAAAGCAGAACUUCCCACACCUCAACACCUUCCAGCGUGUACCUGGGACAAGUCUGCAGCUUUGGGACAUUGGUCAGGCAAGGUCUGGACGUCAUCCGUCUGCAAUGUCCGAGUGUUCACUCAGAAUGACAUCCGGCGGUGCCUGGCUAACAGGACCGUGUACAUGCAAGGUGACUCCACCAUCAGACAAUGGGGCCUGCGAUUGCUGACGGUAGUACCGUUGAACCACAACAAGACCAAGGGUUAUAUAGCUCGUUUGGAAGGAGACAACAGUCAAUGGAACAUCUCUGUUCGCUACCGGUUUCACCACUUCCCAGUACAGGGAAGCGUUUGGUGUGUCUUCUAUGACUUCCGCUACGUUGUUGAAACGCUGGACACCAAUCCAGGAGGCCCAAACACGGUAAUAGUCCUGAGUCUGUGGGCUCACUUUACGGCAGAGCCGCUAGAACUGCUCCGGUCCAGACUGUACGCCAUACGGGCCGCCAUACACCGUCUCAAGCGCAGGGCUCCCGGCACGCGGGUUUUCGUGAGAACUGGAACAACACGUGAGCAUACUGGAGGAAAGUUGGAGUUCUACCUGCUAGGAAGCGACUGGCUGGCUUACCAGAUCACGGAGGUGAUACGAGAGAUGUUCCGGGCGGAUCCAGACGUGGUUGUGUUGGACACGUGGGACAUGAGCGUGUGUCAGCCGGGAAAAGACAACGUGCACCCAGACCAAACCAUGGUGGACAGUCAACUUAACAUGCUGCUUUCUCAUAUCUGUCCACAGGAGGAGUUUUGA